UUUGUCACGACUCCUGCACACACUGACACACACAAACUCAUCUGUACUUGAUAAAAUCAUUUCCCCUUUCCCUUUCCCUUUCCAUACAUAUAUAACACACCCAUCAUUAAACCAGAAGUCUUGAUUAGAUAUCCUUCUUCUUCUUCUUCUUCUUCUUCUUCUUCUUCUGUUCAGUUAACCAAACGACAUGCCAUCUUCAGUUUCUGUCUCUCCAAUAGUAUCUGAUGAUGAUCAUCAUCAGAAGCUGCAAACACUCCUAGAAUCAGCCCGUCCAUUUCUCCGCGGAGAGCUCGAAGCCAUCGACAAGAACCUCCCUUCCUUGGUGGCGGUGCUCCGGUCAGUCGGUGCAGGCGAGUGCUGGCACAAGCACGGCAGCUUCCUCGACCACCUCGUCGACAUCUACCGCGUUCUCAAGCUCUGGCGAGCUCAGGACUCCGUCUGCCUCUGUGGCCUCUUUCACUCUGCUUACUCCAACUCCUACGUCAAUCUCGCCAUCUUUGAUCCCUCCACCGGCCGCGACACCGUCCGCGGACACGUUGGGGAAGCCGCCGAGCGUCUCAUCCACCUCUUCUGCAUCGUCCCCAGACAGCCUCUCAUCCACGAUGAUCUCCUGUUCCAGUACUCCGAUGCAGAGCUCGUCGAACACCUCAAGCUGUCCGAGGUGUCGUUGAGAAACGCUAAAGAAAACCAACAAUUUGAAGAAAAAGAUUAUUGGAGGAAGAAGCUGCAGGCAAUUCUUCCAGCUGAGGGGAUCAUCGUGAAGCACAUCAAGACCGGCGAAGACGUCCGGGUUUCUAGAAGGGUGGUCGCCACUUUCCUUAUGAUGACCAUGGCCGAUUUCAGUGACCAGCUCUUCGGCUUUCAGGACGUCCUCUUCGACAACUCGAACGGCCGUCUUGAGUUUUCCGGCAACAAUUACGCGGCCGGUCUAUGGCCGGGUGACGGCAAGCCCGGGCUCUGGAUGAAUUCUAUAUCCAGGAUGGGUGCCAUAUAUACCCUGAUAGUGAGAGAGGAAGAGAUUUUCAUGAUAGAACAGAGAUCAAAGAAAUUGAGUAGUAUUGAUUUGGAGAGAGAUGAAGAUUUAGAGCUAGUGAUGCCACCAGUGUUUGAGAAUUGCACUAGGGUUUUGAAUGCAGAAGACCAGAUGGUUGCUAGGGAGUUGUAUUGGGAGGCAGUUUGUUGUGAUAUGUCCGAGAAAGAGAAUAUUGGGUUGGAGAGACCUGAGGAGAUGUUGGUGAGGUGUGUUGAGAAGAACCCUUUUGUUGGAGAGCCACGUGUGGUUUUGGGUCAGAUUUAUUUGAGCAAAGGGAGGUUUGAGGAGGGUGAGAGAGAGGCCCAGAAAGGGCUUACCCUAUUGUUGGAGUGGGGUAGUCCUUGGGACAAGAGAAUGUCAUGGGAAGGUUGGAUUGCUUGGGCUAGGGUUCUGUUGAUGAAGGCAAAGGAGAAGUCAUGGCCAAACACUUCCUGGGGCAUUCUCAACCUAGGGCUUGUUAGGUAAUUUGUGUUUUUUCUAUAUUCUUCUGAUGAUUAUGUUGUUAUGUCCUGUUACAGCCUAUGGGAUUGUAGACUUUGAAUGGAAUAACAAUAAAUAAAUAAGCAAGUUGAUGUA